GAAAUGCAUCUGAGUGACUUAACUUCAAUUCAGCUGAUUCAUGGCUCAAAAAGUGGAUCUAUUUUUAUGUGACAGAACAAUCUAAAUUCUGGAUCUGUAGGCUAGAAAAUAAAAAUUUUCGAACGUGUUUUGUGAACUAAUCUACACUGACAUGCCUACAGUAACUUUCAAUGUAAAUCAGGCAUUGCUUAUUCAUCAACAGUAAUUAAAUAGAAGGAAGAGUGCUUGAAAUUUCAGAAUGUUAAAACAAUACUUUACUGAUGGCCUUGUUGGUGUUGCCAUCCUUAUAAGUCUAUUUCGAACGGAUUUAUAUGUUAUGAACAACCUGUAUAACUAUCCAGAAAUUCAGGAUAUUAUAUUGGGACAGACGGCUGCAUAUUUGCCCACCAUCUAUCACAGUAUUUCUUCUAAUCGUCAUUAUGGCAACAUAAAAGAUUUGGAAUUGAUUGGUUCUUCUUGGUUUCACAAUGUUUAUGAUAACUUUUUGCCCUUAAGGCAAGGAAAUGAAAAUGAGAUAGAAACAUUUUUAGUCAGUGAACCGCAUCAUAAUAUUUUUACCCAGCUACAAACUGUAGGCUCAGUUGUGGUUACAGAAGUAAGCAGUAAUGUUCCUAAUAGCACUGAAGAAAAUGGUAAUUCAUCACAGAUUCUUGAAGAAAUAUCAAAUUCUGUUGCUGUUGCUAGUGAAAAUGUACCAAUAAUUAAUGCCCAACCAGUUUUUGAGGAUGCUUCUUCUCUAUUAAGCAACCCUUUUCCAGAAUGUAAUUUAACCAAAGAGGACUUAGAUCUGAUCGAUGUUCUUUGGCAACAAGAUGUUGAUUUGGGCUUGGGCAAAGAAGUGUUUGAUAAAACUCUGCGCCAAGAACUUGAAAGGGAAAGAGAGCAAGAAAUAAAAAAGCAACAUGAUGAGCAAAAAUCACAGCUGUUUGUUAAAGAGAAGGAAGAAAGAGAAAAGCAAGAGCAAGCUGACAGGUGGCUCAAGGAAAAUUUCAGGAGAGAUGGAGAAACUGGUGAGUGGGUUCGCCUACAGAAUGGAACAGAAAAUGUUGCUUUGAAUUUUGAAGCAAACAAUGACUUUCUUACUCUUGAAGCUGCUCUAGAGUACAUAUCAUCAACUGUAGACCAAAGCUUUGUUGAAAAUUUGGAGAGUUGCACUGGCACAAGCCUAAAUACAUGCAUCAAUACCUUGGAAAAACAACAUGACCGAGAAAUAGAGACUAACCUUACUCAGCAGCAAGUAAAUGUUGAAGACAACUGGAAUGGUUUUUUAGAAUAUCUUGGCAAUGUUGCUGAUGAUUUGGUUAAUCAUACUGACAAGCUGGAAACAUCUGAAUCAUUCAAUACAGAGGAAGCUGAGCUACAGAAUAAUUAUCUAAUUAAGAAUGUUACAUUGGUUUCACCUCAGAAUGAAUUGGAUGUGAACUCAUCAUUAAAUUAUGACCUUAGUGGGCUUAACUUUAUAAACCCACUAGAGAUUCAUAAUAAUCACAAUCUGAGUGUCACUGGCAUUGAUGACUUUUUAAUUCACUUACCCGAAAAUCAUAACAGUUUAUUAAAUACUGUUACGCCUUUUACUGAUAAUAUGGAUAACAGUUUUCAAGAACUAAAUGAUAAUCUUCAUCAAGAAAUUCAAGUUAGCUUAAACCAGUCUUCAGCUGGAGACAAUCUUUCAUUUUACCAUGAUUUCAGUAAUGGUUUUGAUGGACUUGAAGGGGCAAUAGGGGGCUCGGUUUUUACCUUAGGUCAAGAUUUGAUGGAACAUGGGCAGUCAAAAGUUCAGCAUCUAUCGGAAUCAUCCAGAGAUUCUGGCUUCGCAAUGCAUGAUGGAUUUUCAUCCUCUUCAUCGUCAUCUAGUGUUGGUAGUCCAUCAGGUUUUUAUGGAGGUAAUAUUUCAACAUCAAGCAAUGAUACAGAGCUAGAUCCUUGUGGAACUUACACAGUAGCACCUCAGUUGGUCGCUCAUAAUCAUACUUACAAUACUCUUCCUGGACAUGUCCCAAGAGAGGUUAAAAAAUAUUUACCCAAAGAACCACUUCGGAAAGGUCCUCAAAGUAGAGACCAGAGACGUGCUGAGGAGCUUAAAGUUCCUUUUUCUAUUGAAGAAAUUAUUGAAUCCCCAGUUGAACAAUUCAAUGAAAUGAUGCUGUCCCAUAAACUGGAUGAAUCCCAGCUAACUUUAAUCAGAGACAUUCGUCGCAGAGGAAAGAAUAAAGUUGCGGCUCAAAAUUGCAGAAAGAGAAAAGUAAAUGUAAUUGUUAGUUUGGCUGAUGAAAUGACUGAUCUACAAAGAGCCAGGGAUAAAUUGAUUGCAGAAAGAGCUGAGAUGGAAAGAGACACUCGUAAGAUGAAAGAUAAAUUUAGCAAAUUAUACACUAAUAUUUUUCAGUCAUUAAGAAAUGAGCAAGGAGAACCUUAUGAUCCUAAUCUUUUUUCACUUCAACAAUCCAGUGAUGGAAAUGUAUUUCUUGUUCCUCGUAAUUUAAGCAUAUCCAAAAAAUGCAACUCAGCCUCGACAACAGAUUUGGUCAAUUCAAAGAAACGUAAAGCCUAUGAGGACUGUUAGUAAAGUACAUUUUUGCACUAGACUUUUUAAAACAGACUAAUGUUGUUGAGGUAUAAAAAAAAUCAUGUAUGUUUAAUUGAAUCAUGAUCUCCAAGUCUGUAACUAAUUAUUUGUCAUUUUUUUAAAACUGAAUGCUUUUAUAACUUUAUAUUUUGUAAAAGCAAAGAUUCGCUAGCUGAUUAUUUAAUCUGUCAAAGGUGGAAAUUGUAGGAGUUUAUUAGUCUUAAACACAGUAUGUACUAAAAAGUUGCAAAAUAUAAUUAUUUUUUUAAAGUGUUGAAAGAAAAAUCAUUCACAACUUUAGAACUUUUUUUCUAAGUAAUACUAAGAAAAGUAUCAGAACUUAUUUUUAUAUAAAAUAAACAGUGCCUCUUUCUUUUUUUUUUAACUAUGAUCCAGCAAAUGUUUGUAAGAAAUUCAUAAUUUCAUCCCUGUAAGAAAAUAUUACUAGAUCUAUAAUGUAUUUUUGUUUUACAUUAUUUUUAUGACAGUUUCAUCUUGUUUAUUACCAAAUUGCCACACACACAAUAAACAAGUAAACUGAAUAAGUUGUUGCUGAGGUUUGUCAAUUUUUCUCCUUACUUUAAGAUUAUCAGUAUUUGUUGUUUUAAAGAAAAUCAUCAAAAAAAUAUAUUAAGUUAAGCAUAUUAUAACCACUUGCAUUAAUUAAAACUGAUGCUAAGUCAGUGUUACCUGUACAAAGGUAGGCAAAAGACAUGCAUUUGUGAAAGAGUAUAGUUUAGACAUGUUUUGAUUUAGUCUUCAAAUCUUUUAAAUGAGUCAUUAAAAAUUAUCCCAAAAACUAAUUUCUACUCCAUUUUACUAACUUAUUUCCUGGUUCUGUUGUUGGUUCUGUUUGUACAUUCCCAUUAUUUUAAUAUUUCAUAUAUUUUUUAUGUUUAUAUAAUUAUUACAAAUAAAUGCCACUUAUCUUAACGUUUUGUUUUUUACUGUUUGGUUAUCAGUUUUACCAACAUUUAUAUUAUUUAUCUGAAUUUUGUGUAUCUAUUUAAACAGAUUUUGUGUAAUGUAUUUGUUUUGAAAUAUCUGGAGCUGCUAUUACAACAGAAGCAGAAGUUGUAAAAAUUGUUCUUAAUGCCUUUUUGAAUAACAGUAGUUUGAAGGAAAUAAUAACAGUAAACAUGUUGACUUUUUUAA